GAACAGACAACUGUUUUGAGAUACUUACAUGCGCAUCUUUUACAAGAAGAAGAAGAUUGGGAAGGAGCUGCGAAAGUGUUGAUGAAUAUUCCUUUGGAAGGUGGGACUAGGUUGGUAGGUGAUGAAGAAAAGUUAUCUGUGUACAUGACCAUUGUGAGAUUACUCCUCGAGUGCGGAGAAUGGGGUCAAGCUCAAACGUAUUUCACAAGAGCUUCGAUGCUCAUUCAUCUAACUACCGAUAAAACCACUCAAUUAUCAUAUCGUCUGGCUCAAGCGAGAAUAUUUGAUUUUUCAGCUAGGUUCAAUGAAGCCGCUCAGAGAUAUCAUGAAUUGAGUUUUGAUAAGGAUAUCGAUGAAGGUGAAAGGAUGCAAAUGUUACGAGCAGCAGUCAUAACUUCCAUCCUUGCUCCUUCCGGACCUCAACGUUCACGUUCUCUUACCACUUUAAACAGGGACGAUCGUCUCCCUUCUCUCACCCCUGCUCUCACAGUCAUGCUCCGUAAAAUGUUACUCGAAUCCAUCGUCCGACCUUCGGAAUUACACACAUUUGAAGAUCUACUAGAACCUCAUCAGAGAGCUAUCGUAGAGGGUGGAGGUACGGUUUUAGAAAGAGCAGUGAGGGAACAUAAUGUUGCUGCUUGUGCGAAAUUGUAUUCGAAUAUCUCUUUUGUGCGCUUGGGUGAGAUAUUGGGUUAUAAUGAUUCUAUAGACUUUAUCGAAACUAUGGUCCGACGUAUGAUCGAACAAGGUCGUCUCAGAGGAUGGAUGGACCAACCUCGUCAUCUUGUUUAUUUCGAAGAUAGAGAAGAAGAUGAAGAAGGUAAACAAGUAGCAGGUGGUUUAGGUGUGAUAAGUGAUGAACAAGGAGUUGAGCCGGUAAGUUGGACGGAGAGAUGGGAUGGUAGGAUAAGG